CGGGCCCCCUCUAGGCUCUUGUCCCCCCAAGUGCCCCCUCCACAUUUCCGCGCGCCACUUUCAUCGAGUUAGAGUUGCUCAGCUUCAACUUUGCGCUGCAGCUGACUGUCUUCUCUCCUCUUCUUUUCUACGUCGUAUUUCCUUCUCCUUCUCGAAGCACACUGUACACCGCACGCAGCACAAGCACGUUGUCGCCAAAGCCGCCUUCGCUAUGCACGCAUAUUAUCGUGCUACCGCCCAUUGGGCUUGAUCAGACCAGAUCGACGCGCAUGGUGGAAUGAAUCCCUUGCGUCGGUGACUCGAUCCUGUGCUUCCUCCUCGCCGCUCGUUCUCUAUCAACCACCUUCCUUUCGGGAAAUUCAUUCGUUAUUCCAAGUCUCUGUGCUUCCACUGUUCGCUCCAACCUCUCACUCGUCCUCCAAUUCUCUCCCACCCGCUUGCUCGAAAUCAUGGCCUCCCAAGAUGGCGUCGCUACCAUCGCUGGCCUCCCGACUAAAUACCUUUCGCUCAUCAUUCUGGUCGUCCAGAACUCCACCCUCGUUCUCACGAUGCGAUAUUCUCGAAUCCUUCCUGGACCCAGAUAUCUGAGCUCCACCGCCGUCGUUCUUUCGGAAAUCAUGAAAUGCACCAUCUGUCUCUUUGUUCACAUCCGCGACCAACGCUCGCAUUCUCGCUAUUCGCGACUCCCCACCUUCUCUGACGACGAGCCAACUUCGUCUCAUACACAAUCUUACCCUUUCUCUCAACUGUGGUCCGACCUCUUCUCCUUUAAAAGCGGCUUCCUCAAACUCCUCGUUCCCGCCGUCCUCUACACCCUCCAGAAUAAUCUACAAUUCGUUGCCGCUUCCAAUCUAGACGCUGCCACAUUUCAGGUCACCUACCAAUGCAAGAUCUUGACAACGGCUUUAUUUGCUGUCAUACUCCUCGGCCAAACGUUAUCCUCGUUGAAGUGGCUAGCCCUCCUGGUCCUAACAGUUGGUGUGGCCUGUGUCCAGAUUCCCUCCUCAUCAGCAUCCAAGAACACGUAUGAAGGCAACUACAGUCUAGGUAUUGCCUCUGUUGCAAUUGCCUGUCUUUGUUCCGGCUUUGCCGGGGUAUAUUUCGAGCGAGUCCUCAAGGGCGGUCAGAACACUUCGAUCUGGGUUCGCAACAUCCAACUCAGUGUGGGCUGCUUAGCCAUCGCAUUGACCGGCGCCUUCGUCUGGGACGGCCAAGCCAUCCGCGAAAAUGGCUUUUUCCAAGGCUAUAAUUCAAUCGUCUUCUUCACAGUCUGCGUUCAAGCAGCCGGUGGAUUAAUCGUCGCCAUGGUCAUCAAAUAUGCCGACAACAUCCUCAAAGGCUUCGCCACAUCCCUGAGCAUCAUCCUAUCAACUGUGGCAUCGAUAUUCUUAUUCAAUUUUGAACCCACCAUCUAUUUCCUAUUCGGAUCUAUCCUGGUCUUUACGGCGACUUACCUGUACAGCAUGCCCGACCCACCACGACCCGCCGACUCUCUCCCUGAGGAUGACGUCGAGAAAGUCCCCGGGCUGGUUCUUGAAGAUUACGAUGCCGAAUCAACCUCGGAGCGAGGCCCCACGAGAAUAUCGUUCCAUGAUGACGCAGAGCGGAAAUCUAUUGGAGAUGAUUCCCACGAUCGAGUCAGCGUCUAUUCUCACGAUGAUGGAACAUCAAGUCGAAACUUUUCGCCCUCGCUGAUCCAGAAUGGAAAUACAAACAAGGAAAAGCAGGUCUUAUCGGAAAUCGGCCAUGUGGCGUGAUUUUGUAACAGCUUACUUAUGAUUAUGAAAAGGGGGCAAGUAAGUCAACAUGGGACUUUUUGAUCGAAGUUCUUUUUUUUGGGGAAAAGCUCCGAAGUUUCGAGAUUCUGGAAACCUCUUGGACUGGCGAAAGGAGAGGCCGAAUCUGUGAGAUAGAUCUAUCUACCUAUGCGUGAGCGUUGUUUUUGCUAAAUGUGUCAUGUUGAAUUAUUCUAAAUUAAAUAUCCAUCAAUCUUAUGGCCGUUGGGUAUUGACUUGAGAAUCAAAUGAAAACGAUUAUCAGCAUUGAUCAUCAAA